UAAGCUUUAGAGAGGUUUGGGGGAGUCUGAGACUUCAGUUAGAGAGCCUGGGCGGCAGUAGUUAGGGCAAAAUUUUCGAGUGGAGGGAGUUUGAGACGGGGACAUGGUGUGUCUGGAGAAGCGGAAAAACCUGGGAAGAAACUUUUGGGUCAGGGAAUCUGGAGAGAACAAUUCGGGUUGAGUACGGGGCUUAAGAAUUCUGGGGAACAAUACUGCGAGAUGUGAGGGGCUGGAACCGGGAUCCUGAGCGUUUGGAGAAGUGAAAGAACAAGAUGCAAGGAAUCUUGCUCGGUCUUCCAGACUCGGUGGCGCGGCUGGGGUGCUGGAGAAGAGUUCCAGCGUUCGGCGCUUGGAGCCGGAGGGGGAGUUUGGAGAUGAAGUCGGGAGGCUUUUUUGGAAGGGUUGAAUAGGAGAAAAUUAAACGGGGGUAAGGUCUCAGAAUUGAAAUGAAGCUAGUCUUCCGCACGGAGUGGAUCGGAGGGCAGUUUGUAGUUUUUGAGCGAUAUGUUAGGGACCCGAGAGCAGUUUCGGGGUAGACUCUAGACUCCUUCGGACCCAGAGAAAGCAGCUUCAGAGUUGGCGUUUAGGGUGGGGGGAGGGGUACUCCGGGCGGGGAGCUCAGACCGGCCGCCCUGGAGGCAACGGAGGGCGGGGCUCGGCUAGCGCCGGGCAGCUGGACGUCCGGGUUCCCCUCCCCCACCCCUCCCUGUGCGCAUGCUCGGAGGGAGGGCGGGGGUUGGUCCCUGUGGUUUGCUGAGCCCUCUGGGGACUGUAGUGCGCGCUCGACGUCAAUGCCUAUGCCCGGAGGCUAUUUGCCUUUUUUCCCAGAAGGCCUUGAGCGAAAUUGGGGCGUGUCUGCCCGCUGAAUAGAGGGGCGAGGUCGCGGGAGAGUCGAGAGCUACCUGAUUGGAAGGGCCGGUGGGGGGCGGGGCUUGGCUUUAGUCUCGUCCCAACUAGUUUUCCUUUGGGGCGUUUUGCACGGGAAAGCCAAAGGCACUGGUGGAGGAAGAGGGGAGGCCACUUCCAAGCUCAAGGUCGCUUAGGAAGAGGGAAUGGACAGAAAGAGCGGCCCUGUGAAAGGAGAGGCGAUCAAGAAAAGGAUUCCCUCCUUCCACUCCAGGUCUCUGUACUCCACACCUGUCUUGUGUAACACCUUUGAAGAAAUGAGUAAUGUGGAGAGUACAGAUUUAGGAUUCAGAAGGACUUGAGUUAGAUGAGAAAAAUUGAGCCUCAAGGAUGUAAAUUCACUGUUCAAGGCCACAUCGGCAAGGCAUCAUGGUUGGGGGCUUGAAGAGGAAACACUCGGAUGUGGAGGAGGAGGAAGAUGAGAAAUGGGACUGGAGUCCCGCAGGCCUGCGGAGCUACCAGCAAGCCCUGCUGCGAAUCUCCCUCGACAAAGUUCAGCGCAGCCUGGGCCCCCGUGCCCCCAGCUUGCGCCGGCAUGUCCUGAUCCACAAUACGCUCCAGCAGCUGCAGGCGGCGCUCUGCCUGGCGCCCACACCGGCCCUGCCCCCGGAGCCCCUGUUCCUGGGUGAGGAGGACUUUUCCCUGUCCUCCACCAUUGGCUCUAUUCUCAGGGAGCUGGACACCACCAUGGACGAGAGCGAGCCCCCGCAGAAUCCAGUGGCGCCCCCAGCACCCCAAAAUGAAGUGCCACACCAGCCUGAUCCGGUCUUUUUGGAAGCGCUGAGUUCCCGGUACCUGGAGGACUCCAGCCUGGACGAUUUUUUUCUGGACAUUGACACAUCCACGGUGGAGAAGGAGCCCACGCUGGCCCCACCCGAGCCCCCGCACAACCUCUUCUGUGCCCCAGGCUCCUGGGAGUGGAACGAACUUGAUCACAUCAUGGAAAUUAUUCUGGGAUCCUAAAACUUGGAAGGGGGCGUGGGGGGGGUGGUUCCUUCCUCAUCUCAGGCGGGCUGGAGCCCAGGAGGCAAAUCUGUAUGUGUGUGUGUUGGGGGAGGGGGGCCCUCUCCUCCCACUGCAGGGUUCCACAGACCAUCUUGCAUGUGUGUGUGUGUCUGGUUACCACCACCUUCUGUGAAGGUGUUUUUUUUUUUUUUUCCCUGAAUUAAUUUAUCUACUCCAAAUGCCUUAACAAGACUGUUUCUGGGAAUCUGAUUUCCCUCUUCACAUUUCUUCUGCCUUGUCCUCCCAGUUCCUUCUCCCCUGGUGACCACUGGGGCCCUCAGGGAAGAUAAAACUGGGCCUGUGAAGGUCGCCCAGCAGGGGCUGUCUGUUGCUAUGGAAACCAGGCCCUGCCUCUCUGCACCUCCCAGAAGUGGAAAGGGGCUGGCAUCCUCCCCCUGCCCAGGCUGAAUCCUACCUCCUUGGCAGGACCCCAGUCCCAGCAGCCUCCUGAUUGAUAACCAGGCCGGACCACGUGCAAUAGGAUGGAAACCAAACUGCUCCAUGCCGCACUAUUUAAAGAAAGGCGGGUUUUGUGGUGGCUUUUUUUUUUCCUUUGUUUGUAUUUUUUUUUUUUUAAUAAAAGUAUUUUGG